AUGGUGGGCCGAUCGUUGCGGCUGUUGUGGCUGCAGCAGCGGCGUGCAGUUGUUGUUGUUGUGGUUGCUGCUGUGGCGGCAGUGGUGCUGCUUGCGACCGUGGCGUUUGUGUUUGGCCUCCAGGGCCAGGGACCAGCAGGAGCAGGUGAUGCGAGCAGUGGAAGCAGGGGUCGUGCUGACGGCGGUGCAAAUGUGGCUGCGCACAUCUUCGCGGAUGCUCAGCUCGAGGAGCGAGAUGAUCGGCGUGUGCUGGCAAGGCUGAUUGACUCCGUGGAGAGCAUGGCAGACACGGCACAAGGCAUCCGCCACGCUCUUGAGAAGGACCCUGUCAUGGCGCAGCAGCCAAGACAGCAGCAGCAGAGCUUACAGAUCAGCGCACACCAGGAAGUGCGCACACCGCCACAUGUACACCAGCCACAAGCAGUGCAAGGGCAUGGUGAGGAUGGCAGUCCUCAGCAGCGGGAUGAUGCUGAAGUGGCCAUUCGGAAGGCAAACAAGAAAGGCCCGCCAAAGCACCGUGCAAUUGUUGAGGGCGUCCCUGUCAGCUGGCAAGUCGUGCAGAUGUGCCGAACUGCACUGUGGGAUGCGCUUCGCUCCUGCACCACUUUUCUGCCGCCUUCGCACCCCGAAGCCGUGCACGGCGAUGCGUUUGUCAUCACUGGCGAUAUUGAUGAUCUGUGGCUGCGUGACAGUGCUGCUCAGGUCCACCCAUACAUACCCAUGACGCCCCACAACGCCACGCUCGCUCGUCUUGUGGAGGGCCUGGCGCAUCGUCACGCGUUUUACAUCGACUAUGAACCAUACGCAAACGCAUUCAGGCUGGACACCAACUACAAGUUCUCUGAUACGCAAAAGGCGCUUGGUCGACACGGAUACAUCAGCACGUUCGAUUACGAGCUGGAUUCCGGCUGCUACUUUCUCCGCAUGCUUCACGCCUACUGGCGCGCAAAUCCAAAACGCGGACAGGCCCUGAUUGCGUCAUCGGACGUGAAACGCGCCGUCAUCACGCUGCUGGAUGUGUGGACCGCAGAACAGCGCCACGAGGAGGACCACACUGCCCCCGACCGCGGCCUAUACCGCCGUCCAUAUGUUCCGAGCGAACCAGGGAAACCAUGGACAGGUUUCAAGGGCCUGCCACGCGAUGGCAAGGGCACGCCAGUCGCCUAUACGGGCAUGACCUGGUCCGCGUUUCGGCCGUCUGACGAUGAACAGCAAUACGGCUACCUUGUGCCCAGCAACAUGUUUGCGGUGGUGGUGCUUGGGUAUGCCAAGGAGAUGGCAUUGAACGUUUGGCACGACGACGUCAUUGCUUCACGCGCGUCCACCCUUGCACUGGACAUUGAUUCCGGCAUUCGAAACCACGCCAUCGUGCACCACCCACAGUUUGGCAACGUCUACGCUUACGAGGUCGACGGCCUGGGCAACCACCUGCUGACAGACGAUGCGAAUGUACCGUCGCUUCUCAGCAUCCCAUAUCUCGGGUACAAUUACGACAAGGACGCGUACACCAACACCCGCCGUUUCCUUCUCAGUUCAAGCAACCCGACGUUUGCGACGUCGCGUGAUGGGCGGUUCCGUGGCAUUGGAUCCGUGCACAUGCGCGGCGCAAUCAAGAACAACAUCUGGCCAAUGAGUCUCAUCAUGCAGGGGCUGACAAGCACGAGUGUGGAGGAGAAGCAAAGCGUGCUUGACAUGUUAGUCAAGUCGACGGGCGGCACACAGCGCAUGCAUGAGAGCUUUGACGCGGACAACCCAAGCAAGUUCACCCGCAAGUGGUUUUCGUGGGCAAACGCCCUCUUUGCAGAAUACGUGCGCACGCUCACAGACGAGUGCGUGUGACAUGAUUGCGCACCCAGACAUCGAAAGAGAGAGAGACAGACAGAGAGACAGAGAGAGAGAGAGUGUGUGUGUGUGUGUGUCUGUGUCUGUGUUUGCGUGUGAACAUGCAUAUGUGUGUGUGCUUGUCAUUUUGUGUGACUGUCACUGCGGCCAUCCAUGUGCUUGUGUACCGUGAUGGCACAUAGCUGCCAAAGUGGAUGCCUACGCGAGAGCUCGCAUGUGUGCGUGUGUGUUCCCAAAUUGCUCUCUGUCAUGCUGCUGUUACAACAACACACACACACACACACGUGGUCAGUUCUGAAAUGGCUCGUAUAAUUUCUUCAUGCAAGUGGGCGUGGUGUGACGACAAACUAGAAACCAUCAACACAACCAAUCAGCAAACAAGGCAAAGCAUACAAAGCAAAGCG